CUUGGUUCUGGCGGGCUCUCCGCCGCCCAUCUCUUACGCACGCUUUGUCGCUUCGCAUGGCGGCCAUGGCCAUGGCGGCCGCGGAUGGGAGCCGCGAAGGCGACCCGGCGAUUGGAGUUGAUCCUCGCAGGGAGCCAUGUGGCACGAAAGCGAAAAGAAGCCACUCAGCUCCUGAAACUGGCUGGCUGGACCUUUGCGCUUCAUUUGCUCAAUCGCUUGGAGCACAGUGUUGUGGUUCCUGACCUGGUUGCCUGGAGCGCCGCCCAAAACCGCUUGGCCAAGCAGUUGGCUUGGCGCCAAGCUGUGGCCCUCUUGGGCGAGGUGCAGCAACGGCGUCUGCAAGUGGAUGCUGUCCUCACAGCGGUGACGAUCAACGCUUGUCGUGACCGCUGGCAGCAGGCAUGCGCAAUCCUGGCCAAUGCGACCAGGCGAAAUCUUUCAAGCCAAGUCGCUUGCAGUUCGAGCAUUCUGGCUUGUGGUAUGGCGACGGAGUGGCGGCAAGCUUUAGCGGUACUUUCAGAGGCGAAGAGAUGCCUAAAUGUGACCACAUACAGCUGUGCAGUGUCAGCCAUGGAGAAGGCCGCUCAAUGGCAGAAAGCCUUGCAACUUCUGCGACAAGCAGAAGGGCAACAGGUGAUGCCGGACCUGGUGCUGUACUCCUCAGUCAUCAGUGCCACCGAAGCAGCAGGAGGCCGCUGGCAGCACGCACUGCAGCUGCUGGAGGAUGCACGACACUGGAGGAUCCAAGCAAACCUGGUGAUGCUCAGUGCCGCCAUCAGUGCGUUGGAAAAGGGUAGCGAAUGGCAACGAGCACUUCGGCUUCUUGCAACUGUGGGGCGCCCUGACCUCGUAGCAUGUAAUGCCGCGAUCUCUGCCUGUAAGCAGGGUUCUGCUUGGGAAUUGGCGCUGAGACUUGGUGAAAGAUGUGAGACACUUUGUUUAACGAGAUGUGGAGGCGUUGAGUUUACGGGACAAAAGACAUCACCAGCGAGGAAAUCGCAAUGAAACACACAUCCAUUCAAUGCAUGUCACAGCCGACCACAAACAAACAGACCAGACUUUUUUGAGUCGUUCGAAGUUCAGAGGUUGUUGAAUCCCGUGAUCCCGUGAACCACGAGCACGGUUGGUACUCUGGGAAUCGUCUUGUUUCGGUGACAGGUGGAUCCCACCUACUCGGAACCCACAGCGGGACUCCUUGUUUUCCAUUUGCUUACUAGCAAGGACGCUUCUAGGGCAGGGGCUCCUGGCCUUACUACUAGGAGCAAGGACGCUGCAUCGCUACUUAGGAGCGAUCGGACGCUACUAGGGUGCGACCGUGGCGGGGAUCGCCCUACUCAGUGCUGGUCCACCGAGACGGUGAGAUGGACUAGCAAGGGAAGUGGAUGUCAAAACCAUGAAGUCACCAGAAUCGUUCAGGGAUUCACCGGUGGCAUGGUUGGUUCAAUCGAGGUCAUUGACACCAGAGGCGGCCCUUUAUGGGCUGAACUCAACCCUGCACAGCCUGGCCUUGAGCCACCGGUGGAAAGAGCAUCUUGCAAGGAAGACAGUGGGUAUGGCGAACAGAAGAACACGCCAGUUGCCCUGUGGAACAAGAACAACACCUGCGGAUCCUCAUGGAUCUUCAUGCAUAGCUGGAGAGGCUGACAUGGGGUGGAUCAGGUGUUCAAAUCUCAGCUCUUUUGAUUGCAGCUUCCCAUCUUUUUCUGGCAUGUCUGAACACAGACCUCGUGGUGACAACCUUGAUAACUUGAGGGAAGCACCAGGAAGCGAUUUCCCCAGAUUCCCAGAUUGAUGACUGAGAUUGUUCUAUUUUCUUCAAAUGUGUUUGCCUACCGUAUCUCAAGCAGUGUCUCCAUUGUGUCGUUGAAACAUCUCUCAAGCCAGAUCCAGCAAGCAGUCAACAGUGAUCAAAUUGUAUAACAUUUGACACAUUUUGAC